UCUCUCCUAAAAUUAUACGUAGUAGGAUAUGAGUACUGAUUAUCCAUUAUGCUCUUGUUGAUAGAUUUAAACAUAACCAAGUGAGAUCCUCCCCAACAGACAAAAAAUUCUUCCCCAUCACAAAAAUUGAACCAAGAAAGUGUUCUGGAAAAUCACAAAAAUACAGCGGAUCUGGGACUUGGCAGACAUGGCCGGAGCAACGUCACCCUGCAGCGGCUUCCCAGGUCGGUCGCCCCACUUCUGGUCUAGCACCUAUGUCGCCGGCUAGCCACCAUCGCCACAGAUCUCCAACUUCUGGAUCUGGAAAAGACAAGCUUUGCACGAUAAGCUCCUCCACCGGUCAUCGGCGUACAACGACGGUGCCUGCAGCUCGCUCUGGGCUCCACCAGCGUCGCAGCGCCACCGCUCUACAUCGGCGUACAACGACUCCAGACGCCGGUUGCAUCGGACUUCCCCGCCUCCCUGGCCAGCAAGUCGCAGCACCGCUGCUCUUUCUUAGGCGCCGCCCACUCCUCUCUGUUUGCCGACGGAUCUGGACGAAGGUCGCUCCUUCUUCCUCAGCGACGACCUCGUUUUCCGCCCUUGCUAACGGCGACAGUAGGUAACGAGAGGCCAGUUCGACCAGGCCCGUGUCCCCUCCCGUUCCGCCGGCCGCAAUGAGGAUAGCUGGUUCCGCCGUGUGACCUGCCCACAUCAUUUGCAGAAGAGCCUGGGUCGAGGACUUCAGUUGACUCAGUCAACAAUUAAAAGUCCCGCUGGAUUCUUUGGGCUAAGGGGGAACUAGUGGGCCAGGCCAUGUAUGGUCAAACUCAAUAGUUCAACAACCCUCAAUUUCAGCGACAUAUUUCAGCCCAAGCAGUUCAAUAUUACAGCCCACUUCAAAAAGCUAAGUUCUCCAAACUAUCCUAUUUACACAUUUAAAUAGUACUCCCUCCGUUCUUUAUUAUUAGUCCUUCUUUCCUUUUUGGAACGUUUUUUUUUAUCUGUCCUCCUUUCCAUUUAAGGAAAGUUUUUAUUUUAAAUAUACCUUUAUACCCCCACUUUUAUUACCAUUACCCCUUUCUCUUUCCUACUUUUUCAUUCACCCACUACUCAUUACACUUUUUUACACUACCCCUACUACUUUACUCUUAAAACCCGUGCCAAAGCCUAAGGAGACUAAUAAAAAAGAACGGAGGGAGUAGUAAUAAUAAUAAUAACAAUAAUAAUAAUAUUGUUAUUAUUAUCAAUUUAUUAUUAUUAUUAUUAUUAUUAUUAUUAUUAUUAUUACCAUUAUUAUGGAGUACUAUUAUUUUCAUUAUUAUUAUUAUUAGUAGUAUUAUUAGUACUACUACUAAUAUUAUUAUUCCCUCCAUCCCAAAUUGAUAGUCUCAUUUCCUUUUUUGGAAAGAAUGGUUCUCAUCAUUUCAUCUUUUUCUACUCAAAUAUCAACAACAAUUUUUACCUUUUCAACUACUUUUAUUAAAACUUGUGACCAAAAGAAAUGACUCUCAUUUUGGGACGGAGGUAGUACUACUACUACGGUUGCUAUUAUUAAUAUCAUUUUCAUUCCCCUCGAGCAGACCAAAGUCCUUCGAGGUGGGGUGACAGUACGAGCCAAGCUUCGUGCUCCUCAGCACAUUGCCCGAUUAUUUUUAUUACUCCCCGUAACACUCAUAUCUUCUCACUUUCCCUUUUUAGCCGUAACAUUCAUAUCUUCCCAUUUAUAAAUUUUCUUAUCAUACCCUCAAUAAUUUAAAAAUAAUACACUAUUACAACCACUUUUUUUAGAUUUAUCCUUCAUUUCACCACAUUAUUUCAUCAUUUUGUUACCAUAUCCUCAAUAAUUUAUAUCCCCUUUCACUAUUCUUAAUCUGAUCUACUUUCAAAUGGGAAGAUAUAUAUCUGUUAUGUAGGUAGUAAAUGAUUUGGGCUUGAUUUGGGUCCCUCGACCUAGUCUCGGUGAUCUUUAUUUGAUUACCGGGGCGCCUCCAAAAAGCCGUCACCCAGAUGACGUACCGAGCCAAGCUUCGGGCCCUUCGACCCAUCUUCAAUUAUUUUUAUUAAAUGAUCCGAGCUUGCUUGAGGUCCCUCGACCUAGCCGAAAACAGUUUGGUUCGACCAAACUGAACCAAACCGAAAAUUUGGAGUUUGGUUUGAUUUCAAUUCUCUAGAAUCAUCCGUCUGGUACUAAUAUUUACAACCGGAAUGGUCGGGUCCGGUUUGGUUAUAAACCGAAAUAUCAAAUAAACCGAACAGUAUGAUUCAUUGUGCGGGCAAUCGGGUAAACUCACUUUGAAGCUCUCUCUCUCACUUAAUUUCUUAAACUCCUCAUAGCUUGAAAUCUUGGGUGGACGGGUGGUCUUUGGAUGCUUUUCCGGUAACGACAAUCAUCCCUUUCUUUUUUAAUUGACCAGCACACUUUUUUAUAUAGUGCUAAUAAAGUAUAAUUCCUCUUGGUGAAUUCAUAAAGUUUGAUUUUCGUUGGGGUUAUGAAUCUCUGUUUUAAUGAGUAUAUGAAGUAGCUAACUGCCUAACUUUAACCAAUUCAGAUAUCUUCCAUUUUGUUUUUCGGUCGUGGUAUGAUUCGGUGUGCGAAUUUAGUGGGUUUGUUAAAAGUGGGUCUAUGAAGUUUGGUUUAUCACGUAUCCUUAACGUUAGCUUAUCAAUUAUUAAUGUAUCCCAAUUUCAUUGGAAGUUUAAUAUUUCCUCCUCCGAUCCUUUAUUAAGUUCCUGGUUUGAUUUCACACAUAUUAAGAAAAUAAAUUUAACUUUACUGUGGAGUGCAGUGAACACUGUUUGACACUGUUUGUCACUGUUUGACAUUGUUUUGACAUUUUUUUGGUGUAAAUCAUUUGCCAAAUAAGGAAAGGUUUGAAGUAGGAACUUUAAUAUAGACUAUCCUAAAAAGGAAAGUAGGAACUUAAUUACGGGACAAAGUGAAUAUACAUUAGUGAGUUCCUUGUCAUUUUAAUUCAACUUGGGGGUUGCUUAUGAUACAAAGUAUUAAUUAAGCAUUACAGGUGAGCACAUCCAUUGACCUAAACAUAACAGGGGAGUGUUAUGAGGCGGUAUGUUUGACACAAUUGGCAGAAAAGAUACUUUUAUGAGCUUUUUAAUAAGUGUUAGCUUUUAGUGACUGAAAAAAUAUUAAAAAGAAAAGGUGGUAGCUGUUUAGUAAAAAACCGACUGUUUGAUUUAGUUCGGUUGGGUAUACAUGCUGUUAGGACUAAUUAAUACGUACUAAGAGUCACAGACUUUUUUUAGAUGCUACUUCAUGUAGCAUCUAAAAAAAGAUCUUCUAAUUUUUAAAAAGUUCUUAAACAUUCUCAUGUCAAACAUAAAACUAGAGGCUUUUAGAGACUUUUUGGACAGUAAAAAUGCUAGAAGGCAGAGACUUAUGCCCGCCGAACAUAGCCUAAGAUUUCUUCUAUAGUUCAAUCAUAGAACGGGGCCGGUCCAAGGGGAGUGUGGACAGCCCAAUCACACAAGGCCCAAAAAUUGAGGGCCCAACAAGAAAAAUUAGUAUUAGUAUUACCAGUAGUCUACUACUAUGUACUACUACGUAUCUGUUAGUUAGCCCAAUUAGUUAGGGUCUGUUUGCAACUGCUUCUGCUUUUAAAAAAGUGUUUUUUUUAAUGAAAUGAAGAGAAGUCAUUAAAUAAAAGUUGAUAGUGUUUGAAAAAAAAUGAUUUUGAAAAGUAAAAGUGGGUAGUGUUUGGUAAAAUAAGUGCUUUUUGUGUAAUAGAAAAAGUAAAAGCACUUUUGACGCGAAAGUCGAGAAAAAUAAAAAUUGUAGUGUUUGGGAAAAUAAGUGCUUUUUUAAAGUCAAAAGCUGAGAAGUGCUUUUUUAAAAGCGGUUGCAAACCAACCCUUAGCACAAUAACAAAUUAAAACAAAGGUAUAGGAGUGAAGGAGGGCUGAAGGAGUGAAUUGAAGUUGCGAAGGGGAGAGGCGAACUGUGAAUCGACGAAGUGCGAAGGCCCAAGGGGCAAAAGGCUUAUCAGCAGUGCAGUGCGGCGGUUGUCGGUGUAUGCUGCGACGGUGCAUGAACUCCGCUCCAGCCUCCAGUUCUUCACGUCUUCAGUUGAAUUUCUUCACUUCUAAAAAUCUCCCAUCGGCGACUCCACUAGACCACUACUCCAGUCUCUAGAUGGCUCGCACAAAGAACUCCACGCGCUCUACUCACACCGAAGCUGCUAGAUCUAGCCGCUCAUAAGGCGCACGAGGCGCACACUAUCAGCCCCAGUUCGAUAAAGAUGAGCAUAUGAUGGCAUACUUGGAGCUCAAGACAAAGGUGGGUACAAUGUACCACCCGGAUGAGCCCACCCUGAUUUCAGUCGAGCCCACACUGAGGGAUGAAGUGAUGCAUUUGAUACGAAGAGGUUGGUGGCAAUAUUUAUUUUUUCGGCAUCCAAGAGCCGACAUACAAGGAAGUAACAUGUGAGGUGCUAGCAACAAUCGACCUCCCAAAGCUCAUACCGAAAAAAGACUUUUACCAACAUGUAAUCAAAUUCCAGACCUUUGAAGACAAGCUUGACACUUCUCUUAGUCGGAUUGAGCACUACUUGGGCUUCGAUGAUGCUGAGAUAGAAAAACGGGAUGAGAUUGACCUUUGUGACCUUCCCCCUCACGUGAACAGACAGGCUUUUUGAGAGUCAAUUAGCAGAGGCGCAGAACUUAUAAGACCCGGGAGACCCCGACCCCCCUUCUUUACCCUCGGAAGUACCGGGUCAUUCACGCACUCCUUGCUUCUAUCGUGACCGGGAGGGCCGAGGUCGGGGCCAAAGUUUCUACGACUGACCUUUUGUGCCUCUACUGCAUGGUUCACGACAAGAAGCCCUGCAUGGGCUCUAUCAUUGCUAGUAUUUUCCAUCGACAGUCCAUGAACCACAUUCAGGUCCUUUACACCGGUUCGUACAUUACACGUAUUCUGUACGGGAUGGGAUAUGGAGACCAGUUCAGAAAUAUGGAGGUAUCUUCUAGCUUUCUUCCGUUGACCAUUCUCCCGUCCAUGAACACGGGACUUGGGGCUAGAUUACAGAGAGAGACUGAGCAGACAGAGGCAGCAGCAACAGCAGGUGUACAGGGAGUACCGCACCGGGGUGGUAUUCAGAUUAUUAAGGGUGGCGGGGCAAGCCACGAUGAUGAGGCGAGUGAUGAGGAGAUGGAUGACGCUGCACAGGACAUGCCCUAUGUGCCACCCCCCUUUGGCCAGACUUUUCCUGAUACUUGGGGCGGGAAUGCAUGCGCACCAGGACGCCAUUUACCGUCAGCUAUCUACAGAGCAGCAUGAGAGGUUUGAUCAGAUGAGGUUUGAGCAACAGGAUUUUUACAGAGAGAUGAGGGAGGAUCAGGCUAUGCACUAUGCCUCACAUCGUUGGAGGAUAGCUGGCGCUCGUUCUAUGAAGGAUAUCCGCCUCCCCCCCAAUUGAGCAGUAAAUAGUUUUAGAUGUCCUCCUCUAGCCUGUGUAUUUCUGAUUAUUAUUGGAUGACUGUACCCCUAUUUUUCCCUCUCACACUCACUCACGAUCAACUCUGAAUGCAUCAAGUCUUUGUUAGGAUGUUCCAAACUCUAAAAAAAAGGACUGUUUAUUACCAUUCACCACCGCCUUCACAAGUCCUUCUGAUCGGUAGCUAGUUUAUUUGUGUAUGAUGUCACUACUUUGAGGAUGUUGUGAAUAAUUUUGUCAUUUAUUUUAGCUAGAGUACAAAGAUGUAGUUUAGGGAAGAAUUUUCUUGAUUUAGUUUGUCUGUUAUGUGAGUAUCCCUUUAACUACGUGUGCAUGCUAAUUGUUUUGAUCCCGUGUGGUGAUUAUCGUAAGUCCCGUUCAGUUUGCUUGAGGACAAACAAAGGCUUAAGUGUGGGGGAAUCUGAUAAGUCCGUAUUUAGACACACAUUUGAUGCGUGUUGAGAUCAGCUUUUGAUGGUUUUCCUAGCUUUAAGGUGUUACAAGUCUCAAUUUUAGCUCAAGUUAUGUUUACCGUGCGUUGGUUUGAGUUUUGUGUCAUUUGGAGUCAAAAUCGGGAUUUGAGAGUUCGGCACCGGCGCUUGAGAAGAAAUCGGAAUGAGUUGAGAAGCAUUCGAGAGUGAUUUGAGAGCUUUGGAGGUCACCGGGAGGUUCACGAUGAAGAUUUGAAGGAAAAAAAGCUCUAGGAUUGGCUACGGGAUCAAAAGAAGAUGAAUGAAGCUUGAAAUCGACGAUCAGGAUGACCUUCUGUCAAUCGUUCAAGCAUAUCUCUUUGUAGAAAUAUCCAAUGUACAAGAUUCAAGUUCCAUAUGAAAGCUAACUUCAAGGGCUAUAAAUCAUAUGAAGACACAUUUGCAAGAAUCUGAGAGGGAAAAAAAGGUGAAAACAGAUGAUCCCUGUUGCGAUUUCAGAAUGCGGUAUUCCACCGUUUUGAUCAUAUCUCUUGAUUGAAUGAUUCAAAUCGAAUUCGGCAAGUUGUGGUCGAUAGAGGACUUCAUUAUCUACAACUUUCAUGAAGAAAGUUUUGUCAAAUUCGGAAAGGAAGCACGCGAGACGAGCGCGCGAAGAAUGCACGGAAGCCCCGGGGAAGAAACAAGCCAGGCAUGGUCGUGCCUAUAGAAGAAAUGGGUACCCAGCCUCUGGAGGUCAGGCACGGUCGUGCCUGGCCCCUAGGCACGACGUGCCUGACUCCGGAAAAUCCUAUUUUCGCUCGGAUUACCUCGUUUUUGUCCCAGCUCAGCCCAAACUCACCUGUUUUCUAUAAAUAAGGCAUCUAUUAUCCUGUUUAAGGGUUAUGAACAUUAUGGAGAGACCUAGGGACGAUUUUUAUCUGCGUUUUACGUUAUUUUACAUUUUUACUCCAAGAACUUGAGAUUCUUUGUAGGUUCAUUUUUUUUAAUUAAUGACAAUUACUUCUAUUCCUCCCAAUUCUAUUGAUUCUUUAAUUAUGAAUUGUGAGUAGUUUAAUUAGGGAUUUGGGGUUGAUGAAGGGGUUGAUCAUGAUGUAUGACUAGAUUCUUGAUGGAUUAAUUGCAUGAAUGCCGUUUAAUUUGUGUUAUAAUAAUUUAACUGAUAUCUCUUAUAACCUAGAACGCGCGCUAGAAUUACAAUUGCUUGUAGAAUAAGUUAAGAGAGAUCUAAUUUAUUUUAAGACACAUUCAUACACACUUAAUCUUUCGCUAAGAGAUUAGUAGCGAUUAAGGGGCCGUAUGUUCGCUCGUCUUGGCAAUAAUUUAGGAUUAUGUCGCAUGAGAGAUCAGCCUGGUUCUCUAAAUUAUUGUACUCUAUGCCGUGAGAGCGGUAAGAACUUAGUAAUGAUUAACUAGGCUCAGUUAAAUUAAUUUCAUGUAAUUAGGCUUGUUCUGCCAGAAAUCUGGUUACCCCGAAAUCAUUCUUGUUCCCUUCGUCGUUAAUUGAGAAGAAACCAAUCUUUUAUUUUAAUCGUUUAUUCGCAUUAGUUUAAUUUUAUUCACCAAAUAAUCUCGCACAAUUGCAUUUAUUUUAUUUAUUUCUUUUUAAUUGCUGAAUUUAGUUAAUCUUUAACUCCCUUUUGUCUGUCCCUGUGGAGACGAUACUCGUACUUUCAACCACUUUACUACAUCAGUUUCAAGUGCGGGAAAACUCACAUCCAUAUUUCAUUUUUAAUUGUAGUUGGAAGUAUUAUCAAGUAGUGAUUAAAAUCUUAUAACCAUUGAUCGAGGAUUAGUACUACGUACUAUACUACAAUAGCAGUUCUGAUUUUGUCGGCACACGUGCUUCUUCCAGGAAAAAUGGACUUCUGGAUGGCCCAAUUGAGCGAGCUACCGGGCUCGGGGGCAUUGGCAGUUGACUCCAGCAGCUCAAGUGGGCAGGCAGCUAUUUCGGCCAUGGUUGGUGUGAACUUUAAACUUUGUUCCGGUGGAAAUACAGAUGCAAUAAUCCCUCACGCGAACGGUUUUGAUAUUUUUGUCUAGGGAAAACUGUCAAAUAGGUCCUCGAACUUUCAUAAAAAAGUCAAUUAAGUCCUUCUAUAGGAGACUUUGUCCGGUCGUCGUGAUUUGGGGCGGUUCCCGGUGGAAUUUUUUGAUGAAUUUUUUUGAGCAUCUUAUUCAUCAAGUCUAGUUUACUCAUACCAAAUUUCAGCUAAAAAUUUAAUCGGGAGUGCAAUCAAAUUAAUUCGAGAACGCAAAAAUGCGCAGUUAUCUUCAAGAAUUAAUUUGAAUGUGUUCCCGAUUGAAUGUUUAGCUGAAAUUUGGUAUGAGUAAACUAGACUUGGUGAAUAAGAUGCUAAAAACAAUUCAUCAAAAAAUUCUACCGGGAACUGCCCCAAAUCGCGACGGCCGGACAGAACCUCCUAUAAAAGGACUUAAUUGACCUUUUUAUGAAAGUUCGAGGACCUAUUUGACAGUUUUCCCUUUUAUCUAAAGCAAAUCUUUUGAUUUCUCUAUCCUUGAUAGCAAUUAUAUUUGUUUAUCUAAACUGAAGUGUGGAAUUACAUUUGCUAUUGAGUUUGAUCAUGAAGGGGUUACUCAAUUGAAAUAAUUCAUUCUCAA